AAUGCUGAUCCAAAUGAACGCCGUCCUUUAACAUUAGAUCAAAUUAAGAAGAAUCUCGAAAAAAGAAGAUAUCGUCGUUUAGAUCGAUUUCAACAAGACAUGUUUGAUGUUUUUGAAAGAACUCGACGCAAUACUCGUGUUGAUUCUCAAGCGUUCGAAGAUUCAGUUGAAUUACAAUUAUACUUUAUUCGCUUGCGGAAUGAACUUUGUCGGAAUGGUGAAGUACUGAUAUCUAGUGCAUUAAAUUUUACAGAAAUAAAUUUAAACGCUCAAGACGAUGCAUUAAAAUUGGAGAAACUACCUUUUGAAAAUCAAGAAACCGAUGCAGAAGCUAAAGGUGAGGAUAAAGAGGCUGAUCCUAGUGGAGGAGCUCCAGUUGAAAGUAUUCCUGAAGUAUCAUUAAACGACCAAGUUUAUCGACCUGGUGAUUUUGUUUAUAUUGAAUCAAGAGAGAAAGGUCCCCAUAUAAUGAAUAUUUCAAAACUUUGGCGUGAUCCAGCUGGCCAGUUAUGGAUCUAUGGAUGUUGGUUUUAUCGUCCUUAUGAAACUUAUCAUAUUGCUUCAAAAAAGUUCUUAGAAAAAGAAGUCUUCAAAAGUGAUAGUUACAAUAAUGCACCUCUGUCUCAAGUUGCGGGAAAGUGUUUCAUCAUGUUCGUGAAAGACUACUUUAAACUUAAACCGGAAGGCUUUGAGGAUUGUGAUGUUUACGUAUGUGAAUCUCGAUACUUUACUCGAACCAAAACUCUUAAGAAGAUCAAAGUUUGGCCUUACUUCAAUGACCAUUCAUUAAUACCCAGAGAGCAACACUUACCCAUGAUCCGAGUACCUUUAGUCAUAGCUAGAACCGAAUCUAUGCCCGAGUGAACCAAUAGCAAAGAA